GCCGGCUUCCAUCAGUACACCGCCGCGCCGCGACUCGACUACACGCAUUCGUGCGUUCAUGACCAACCGCGGCGUUUGAGAUCGAACAUUUUAUACCAGUGACCGAGAGGGCAACCUCUCGCUACCCAACAAAAUAGCGUCACAAGUGGAAAUGCCGUCGAGUCUAUUCGGAGACCUGGGCGGUGGCGGCCUGAUGGAGGACCAGAGGGCUUACCAACUCGCCCUGGAGUUGAGCUUGCUCAGUUUGGGGGAGAGCCUGCCUACGGCCAAUCCUUUAGCCAGCCCUUUGGGAUUCGCGCCACCUCCAGAUGACAGGGCCAAGAAAUCGCAGAACAUGACUGAGUGUGUGCCGGUGCCGUCUUCGGAGCAUGUGGCCGAGAUCGUCGGACGACAAGGGUGCAAGAUCAAAGCUCUUCGGGCGAAGACAAACACAUACAUCAAGACGCCGGUGCGCGGCGAGGAACCAGUGUUCGUGGUGACCGGACGCAAGGAGGACGUCGCGCGCGCCAAGCGCGAGAUCCUGUCUGCGGCCGAGCACUUCUCCCAGAUCCGAGCGUCGCGCAAGUGCGGCGCCGCGCCCCCGCCGCCCGCCGGCGCGCCCGGACACGUCACCGCACAGGUCCGCGUGCCGUACCGAGUGGUCGGCCUCGUCGUCGGCCCCAAGGGCGCCACCAUCAAGCGCAUCCAACACACAACGCACACAUACAUCGUCACACCGUCGCGCGAACGCGAGCCAGUCUUCGAAGUGACCGGAUUGCCGGAAAGCGUGGAAGCGGCGAGGAAAGAGAUUGAGGCACACAUCGCUCUCCGCACUGGGGCGGCCGGCGGAGCCAGCGCGACGCCUGCCGACGGCGAGCCGCUUGCACAACUAUACCGCGCGGGCAUCGCGUCGCUGCUGCGGCCUGAACAAGAAGCCGCGUUCUCUUCGGCCGGCUCGUGCUCGUCGGGAGGCUCGUCCGCGCGGCUCGGGGACUUGCUCGGAAUCUGGUCAUCGACGGAGCGCGACGAAGGGCUCGGAGAGUCGCCGUCGUUCGAGUCGCCCGGCGGCGGCGCGGCCGGCGUGUGGGCGUGGGGCCCGACGCGGCCGUCGCCGGCGGCGUCUCCGGCGCGCGCGUGCAACGUGUGUGGAGAGCGCGGCGUGUCGGCGGCGCUGGUGCCGUGCGGACACAACCUGUUCUGCAUGGAGUGCGCGCAGCGGCUGGCGGCGGGCGGCGCGCCGUGCCCCGCGUGCUCCGCGCCCGCGAUGCAAGCCAUCCGCAUCAUCUCGUAAGCGCCGACGCGCUCCGUGCGCGGACCGGCGUGAGCGGCUCAGCCGCCGCCCGAGCUCGGCCGCGACCACGCACGUUGUAGGGAUCGAUCUUUUUUACUCGAAUCGUUAUAAAAAUAUUAAAAGAAUAAAAAUCGCGUAAUCGAAAUCCUGGUGCCAAAAGUCGGCGCCCGCCGGCACGGCCCGUCCGCCGCGCCGCUAUCGUAAGUCGGCAGAGUUGUUCACGAUAUAUUUUCUUAUUAUGAACGUUUUUUAUUAGGUCGUCGAGCGCGCAGUGACGCCGUGUUCGACGCCGCAGAGAGAGUCGGAGUACGUUACGAUAGAAUUUCGAAAAAAAAAGCAUAAAAUUUAAAAAAAGUUGUAUAAUUAUUAUUGAUAGCGUAAAUGAGAAAUCGAAAAAUUUAUAAAGCUUACCUAACGUAAUAGCGUAAAGUAUUAAGAUAUUAUUAUAAUAAUAUAGGCGAGUGUCCGCGGGCGGCGCGGGGAGGGGGGCGCGGCUGUUGUCUGUUCAGAGUCUAGCUAGUGUAGUGUAGUGUCGUGUCGCGCAGUGAGGCGCCUAGCUAAUGUGUUGUUGAUAGGUAAUGAUUGGUUGUGCGCCGCGCCCGGCCGCGCGCCGCCGUGAGACGGGACGGAGCACCGCGGUCAGACUGAUCUGGCCGCGCGGGAGAGACGCGUCUGCUUCCCAAGCGCCAUGCUCACUAUUUUGAAUAUACGAUUAUCCGCUUAAAUGAUAUUAUACAUACGUACACACUAUGAUUAUGAUAAUAUUAAUAUAAUGUUUGUUUUAAGUGUGUUUUAAUGUUUAGAUUUUUAUUGUAAUGUUUUUAUGGAUGAUUUUUAUCUGUAUGAUUAUUAUUAUUGAUUAUUAUUUUAUGUGUUGACGAUGUUUUUUUGUGAUUAUGUGUGCCCGAAGUCGGGCCGAGGCUGCUGUCUGUUCGUUUACUGGUUAUGUACCUAUCGAGUAAUAAUAAAUUUAAAGUAAUAAAUAAAGAACUAAUACGACAUUCAUUAUUAUAAAAUAUAGUAGUCUGUAGAUCGACAUUGACUAAACUAACCAUUACCUAUUGAUACUUAUUAAGUAUUAUUAUUAUAUUAUUGAAUAAAUUUAAAGAAUGCAUAAUUAUAUUUCAUAGGAAUCAUUAUUCUGUAUAACUCUAGUUAAAUAUAACGAUAUUAUAAUGAAUAUGUUUGUAUAUGUACUCGUUCGGCGAGUGGAUCACCGGGGGGUGGUUUUGUGGAUUGAUAUUUUUUUAUUUUUUUACCGUUAUUAGUUUUGACUUACUCAAGUAAAGAGCGCGAGAGGACUGCCUAUUAGAUUAUAUUUUAAAAAUAAUAUUACAUGGAACCGCCCCCUGCGUUACGUAGUUCCAGGGAUUUCGAUAAUUUUAUUUUCGUAAUAAAAUGGGUAGACGCUUUAGGUUCAAAUGACGUUGUGAAAAUUUGUGAAAUUUUGUAGACUACAUAUCUUAUUAUAAAUCUAAUAUAAACUAUAACUUUCGAAA